UUUUCUCUCGUCGUGAAUGGAUCGUCGUCCGGUUUCUCCCUGAUUAUGUGCGGAAAAGUGCCCUCAAUACCACCAUCAGCAGCAGCACCAGCACCAGCAGUAGUGACCAGAAGCAGUCCCAGCACCGCCAUUGCAGUUCUACUCGCGACGAGCCGUUUUUAGUUUUUUCUUUUGUUUCGGUUUUGAGUUGAGUUUCUCUUUCGACCGUUCCGUUGCGCGCUACCGGUUCCGGAUGAAAACGCGGUGUAAAAGUCACGCCAGUCCCUUUCCCAACGUUUCGGUCAGUAAUGUAACAGCCAUCGCAAGGGGUGCAUAAGGAAGAAGAGGCAGAGCGAAAUUGAAAGAAGAAGUGCGGUCGGUCUGACUGCCUGUGCGCGAGUGUGUGUGUGCGUGUGCGCGAGAGCGAGAACGAGAGAGACGGACUCGAGGCGAAAACGAACGAGAGGGAGAAGAGUAAAACCGGGCGAAGGCGAAAAUCAGUAGGAGGAGAGUAGGAAGAAGAAGGCACCACCGUGGAGAAGCUAAAGUCGUUCUGGGUGUGCAAUUUCCGUGCGAGAGGAAAAUUUUUACUUUAUUGGUUUAUUUAUUUUAAUAAUGAGUGAUUACUCAAACCAGAACUCGCAAAAUUUUAGUCAAUCGUCAGCAUUUGCAGCCGCUUUACAGAGAGCCAAACAAAUUGCAGCUAAAAUACACCCGGGUGGUGGCCAACCGGGAAAGAGAUCGCUAGAGGACGACUCCGGACCAGAAUCAAAAAAGUUUGGUGGACAGUCUGACUUCAACAAUGCCAACUCGCCGACUGGCAUGAGCCCAGCUGCUAUGCAAGCCGCUGCUCAAGCUGCUGCCGUUGCCGCCCGUCUGCAAAUUAACAACAGUAACAACUCCAACAACAGCAACAACAACAACUCGAACGCGAACGCAAACCCAGGAGGACAGGAUCCAGUCCAGAGAGCACGUGACCUUAUUAGCAAAAUGGUGAACCAACAGGGAGGUGGUGGCCACAACGGCCCAAUGGACAAUGGAAACCACGGAGGAGGCGGCGGUGGCCGCGGAGGUGGUGGAGGCGGGGGUGGAGGUUUCGGAUUCACCCAGCAGCCGUACCAGGAGAUUAUGAUCCCGGGAUCGAAGGUGGGACUGAUCAUUGGCAAGGGGGGAGAAACGAUCAAACAGUUGCAGGAGAAAUCCGGCGCCAAGAUGGUCAUCAUUCAGGAUGGCCCCGGCCAGGAGAUGGAGAAGCCGCUGCGUAUUUCGGGCGAUGCCCAGAAAGUGGAGCAUGCCAAGCAGCUGGUGUACGAUCUGAUCCAGGAGAAGGACAAUUACACACAGCGACAGAACAACACCCAGAAUGGCAGUGAACAGGCCGAGGUGUUUGUGCCCAAGUCGGCGGUCGGUGUUGUCAUCGGCAAGGGCGGUGACAUGAUCAAGAAGAUUCAGGGCGAAUCGGGCUGCAAGCUGCAGUUCAUCCAGGGCCGAGGAGAUGGUCCCGGUGAUCGGCGCUGCAUCGUCCAGGGCUCGCGGGCCCAGGUCGAGGAGGGAAAACGGAUGAUUGAGGAGUUGAUCGAGAGCGUGCAGCGACGCGAACAGGGCGGCGGUGGCCGUGGAGGUCGCGGAGGUGAGCGCGAAGAUCGUGGUGAUCGAGGCGACCGGCCACACCGAGGUGGACGUGACCAGCACGACAAUGGCAACGGCGGUGGAGGGUACGGAGGAGGCGGUGGAGGUCAAGACUACGGUGGACCUCAGGUGACCCGCGAAGAGUACACUUUCGCCGUGCCCGUCAACAAGUGUGGCAUCAUCAUUGGCCGCGGUGGAGACACCAUCAAGCAGAUCAACCAACAGUCGGGAGCGCACACCGAAAUGGACCGCAAGGCGUCGGCGAAUCAGACGACGGAGAAGACGUUCACCUGCAAGGGCGAACCGCACCAGAUCGAGGAGGCCAAGCGAUUGAUCCAGGACAAGAUCAACAUGGAAAUCAACAUGCAGUACGUGGGCAGCUCGACGGGUCCGGCCCAGCAGUACCAGAACAAUGGCGGCGGUGGAGGCCAAGGUGGAUACGGCCAGAGCUGGGGUGGCGGCGGUGGCGGUGGAUACGGCCAGCAGCAGCAAUCCUGGGAUCAACAGCAGCCGUCACAACCGGGUGCCCCGUCGGCACCUGGUCCCCAACAGCCCGGACAGGCGGGAGGUGCCGGUCAGGCGGACUACUCGCAACAGUGGAUCGAGUACUACCGACAAAUGGGAAUGCACCGCGAGGCCGAGAUGAUCGAGCAACAGGUCAAGGCACGCCAAGCUGCUGCCCAGCAGGGAGCACCCGCAGCGGCGAUCCAAACCACCCAAGCUAAUCAAACUGUCCAAGGUACAUCAGUGGUGGCAGCGAGCAGCGCCGGUCCGCAACAGGCCGCGGCCGGAGGUGGUCCCCAGGGUGGUGGCGGAGGCGGUGGCCAGGCCGAUUACAGCGCCGAGUGGGCCGAGUACUACCGAAGGCUCGGUAGGGUCGAGGAGGCCGAAGCGAUCGAGAAGCAGAUCGCGCACAACAAGGCUCUGCAGGGACAGGGUGGCGGCGCCGGAGGUCCUGCGGGCGGAGCCGGCGGUAAUCCCCAGCUAGCGGCUCAACAGGCCGCAGCUGCCGCCGGUUACGGAGCGGCGGCAGCCCAGCAGUAUCAGCAGUACUACGCGGGGGCGGCGGCCGCUGCAGCAGCCGGUGGACAACCCGGGGGCGGAUACCAGGGCUAUCCGUACGGUGGCGGGUACCCGGGCGGACAGCAGGGUGGCCAGGACAAGAACUAGGCCACCACAGGCGGACGCUAGAUGACCUCCCCCACCCUUCCACCCACCCACACACACACACGCACCGACGAGAGACGACACCCCGUAAUCAGCUAAGAUAAUGAUUGCUUUAUAACCAUAUGUACCAACUAUUGAACACAUUUAACAACAUUAGCGUUGAAGCUAUGUAGGACAAAUAAAACAAAACAGAACUAGGAUCAAACACAGCUUGAUAGCCGAAAGAAGAGAAGAAGAAGAAGAUGAAGAUGCAAAACUAAACUAAACCUAGUUGUAUAACCAAGUAAAUCAAGAGAUAAAAACAUUUAACUUAACUUAUAACAAAACAGAAAACCGGAAUGAAAACAAGAAACAAGAGAAAAAAAACUGAGAGUACAGCAAAACAUUACCGAUUGCAUUCAAUUCGACAGUGUGUAUGUGUCCGUUUAGAACUCUGUGUUUUGGAUGGGUUUGAUUAUUUCGGGUUCGUUCGAACAAAAAAAAACUAAGAAGAAGAAGAAAAUCACAGUAACUGUUCUGCACUCUGACAGACAAAGGGGUUUAUCUGCAUGCUGGAGCAAACAAACGCGCACCCAGUGGUGUGUGCAAGAGUGUGCACCUUCCAUACAAUCAUAGAGCUGAUGGGCGUAUUUGUGAACCUUUUCCUCCCCUUGAUUUCAACCAUCUUGUACUACGAGUAGUUUGGGUUGAAUUCGCUAUCUGAUAUUUCACUUCGAUUUGUAUAAUAUCUUCUAAAUAUAUGAUAUCUAGAUGAUAUUUGCUAACUUCCUGCGUAUAAAAUGGUAUUAUUCAAAAAACGUUCUCAAUGAUUCGAUAUACAUAUUUAAUGCUGCUGAUAUUCCACCAUAUAACUAUAAAACAACCAAUAUAUUAUUACCAUGAUCAUAAUUUCAUUUAUUUACCGUCAUAUUACACAUAAUAACGGGUAAGAAAAAUGGCCAUUUUUCUUUUUGUGUUUUUAUUUCCAAAUGCAUUGCCUCCUAUAUUUCCCAUCUCUACCAGAUGUUUUGUUCUUUAUUUUCAUAUGCUUUUUCUAUUUUUCAACCCCAGAACCGGAAUAGAGGGCAGGCAUUUUGAACGACAAAGACGUCGAUUCCCAGAGAGUUUUUCGCGAAGGUCUUUUUGAGCGCGGGAAGGUAAUUUUUGCUCCUCAUGACACUAAAUGGCUUUCUUCUGUUUUACUAAAUAUCUCUCACAUCAGCAGCAUUUAUAUUUAAAUUGUGUACCUAUUUCUCUGUUGCAAUAUCAAUGAUGUAUAUUCUAUAUUAUAUGCAAUAUGACUCUUAAAUACUGAUAUGCAUUCCCACAGCAAUUGAAAAUAUUACUUUUUGCUUUUAAUUGAUUUCGUGCUGUCAAAGUAUCUUUUCCUCAAGAACAUACCCCACUGUGUGUGUUUUUUUUUUAAUUUCCGUGCAAAUAUUGUGUAUGUGUGUUUGUGCAUAUGAUUGAGCUUUUCUUUUUCACGGGGUGGUUCUCUUGAUCGAUACGACUUGGUAGAAUAUGGGCCGGACACAAACAGCUCAAGUGUGUAAAAUUGCGCCUGCAUCUGGAGGAAAAGUGUGGAACAGUGAAACGAAAAAAAAACCCUACAAAACGAAGGAAGAAGAAAUAUCAAACACAUACGGCUGCGUUUUAAGUAUUUGUAAUUAGCACUUGUGUGAUGGUUUGGGCUCGAACAAAACAGUAAAAGGCUUUGGACAGCGAUGAAUGAACAAUAGUUACAGCAGACUCCACGGAAAACCGCGAAAAGAACUCUUUGCAGAGUGGUGUACGAAGUAAAGUGCACCAAAAUAUGAGGAAAACGUGGCAACCAUUGAAAUAGACAACAAAAACACACAACACAAGAGUGAGAGAAGCGCAAACAAGGACAGAAAAAGUGAUUCGAAGGCAGUUUGUGUUCCCGGAAGUUCAAAAUGCAAGAACAGGACCGCGAGAAGACUACAGGUGACGGAAUGGGCGUUCGUGUGUGCGGUGAACAAAAGACACACAAACCAGAAGGUGAGAAUGUAUCGGAAAAAUUUGCAUUAAAUGUACAUGAUUUUCGAUUUUUCCGCUGUUAUCUCUGAUUGACUGUCACACCUAGAUGUGCGCGUAUUUCAGUUGAAUAUGCAAUCAUAUAAUAAAAACACAUAAAUUAACCAUAGAACGUGCGUAGCUAAGGUACAUUAAUUCCGUAAAUAUAAAGAUGAAAAAGCGUUGAAACACACAUUUUGGACUACUAGCUUAACUGGUAACAUAUUUUAGUAGUAAGAAAUCGAUUUUUACCUACCGAGUAUGCACAUUACUUGAAAUAAUUCUAGUUCUGAAUGGUUCUCACCGCCCUUAUUAUACAUACAACCAACCAAAACCUAUAAAUGUACAUUCUUUUUGUGUCACUGCAAUCUAUUCCAAAUGAUCACCUGAAUAAAUUUCGAACACUGAUUAGCUUCACUUAUUCUAGAUAGGAAUAAAGAUUAAACAGAGCAGAGAGCAAACACUGCUGGUGCCACGAGCAGCGUGGAACCAACGCGCCAUCGCACCGGUCCGGAACACGUGCGCGCCGUGACAGCAUGGAUCGAUCAUCCUGCGUCGUCGUUCAGUUUCACUAGUGUUUGAUCUCUUUUUGUUGCUCCAUUCUUCCAUCCCGACAGUGAAACACGACUCAUUCAAUAUUGUGUGUGCGCGCUGCCAGAGUUGUAGUCACUCUCUGGUUCGUGUUUCAAAUAGAAAAGAAGUAAUAAAGUUGUUCAUUACAUCCAACAGCUCAAUAGUCCAGGAAGA